AUGGUUUAUUCUUUAUUCAGAUUGUGGAGGUGCAGUUUGUCAGAGAUCAGCUGUUCUUCUCUGAGCUCAGCUCUGAAGUCCAACCCCUCCCAUCUGAGAGAACACCUGAGUGGGAACAAGCUGCAGGAUUCAGGAGUGAAGCAGCUGUGUGGUUUUCUGGAGAGUCCACGAUGUAGACUGGAGACUCUGAGUUUGUGGAGCUGCAGUUUGUCAGAGAUCAGCUGUUCUUCUUUGAGCUCAGCUCUGAAGUCCAACCCCUCCCAUCUGACAGAACUGGACCUGAGUGACAACAAGCUGCAGGAUUCAGGAGUGAAGCAGCUGUGUGGUUUUCUGGAGAGUCCACGAUGUAGACUGGAGACUCUGAGAUUGAGAUGGUGCAGUUUGUCAGAGAUCAGCUGUUCUUCUCUGAGCUCAGCUCUGAAGUCCAACCCAUCCCAUCUGAGAGAACUGAACCUGAGUCAGAACAAGCUGCAGGAUUCAGGAGUGAAGCAGCUGUGUGGUUUUCUGGAGAGUCCACGAUGUAGACUGGAGUUAUUCAGUUUGUGGAGGUGCAGUUUGUCAGAGAUCAGCUGUUCUUCUCUGAGCUCAGCUCUGAAGUCCAACCCCUCCCAUCUGACAGAACUGGACCUGGAUGGUAACAACCUGCAGGAUCCAGAUGUUCAGCAGCUGUUGGAUCUUGUGCAGAGUCCAGACUACAGACUGCAGACUCUGAGAUGGAGGUGGUGACGUUUGUUGUGGAGAGCUGAACAUGAUGGUGUGUUUGUGGGAGAAGAUGAGCUGUGUCCUGAUGAUCCACAGAGGUUGAAGCAGCAGCAGCUUGUAUGCAGACACUCUGACUGGACUGUUUCUGCUUCUUCUGUUUCCUCAUCCACACUUUACAUUAUCACCUUCAAACAAUUACACUUU